AUGGAGUGGCGACGACUCCUGUGUGUGUUUGUGGCCCUGGAGACGACCAUCCUCUCCCCAGGGGCGUCUUACUCGUCUCCUACGUCGCCACCACAGCUCUCCUCACCCUCUACGUCUCCACCACAGCUCUCCUCACCCUCCACGUCUCCACCACAGCUCUCGUCACCUUCCACGUCUCCACCACAGCUCUCGUCAUCUUCCACGUCUCCACCACAGCUCUCCUCACCCUCCACGUCUCCACCACAGCUUUCCUCACCCUCCACGUCGCCACCACAGCUCUCCUCACCCUCCACGUCGCCACCACAGCUCUCGCUACCCUCCACGUCUCCACCACAGCUCUCGUCAGCUCUCAACACCAACACGUCUCUGGCCUCCUCCUCGUCACACUCCCACAAAGGUGAUUCAGCUUCCUCCCUCACGACGCUCCCGCCGGUUGUUAACACCGGAGACCUACAACUACCAAAAAGUUCUCAGACGGUGGAAAAUUCUCGUUCUCUGAAGGCUCUGACGGGGGAAAAUAUCUACCAUAGAGGAAUAAAUGUCUCACUGCUAUCAUCAUCUCCCUCUUACCCGGAAGUGUUGUCAUCACUCCGUGGCACGCGAGUCACGGGGUCGAAUCUCAAGUGCCCGGCGUGUGAGGAUGGCUUUAGUGAUCAAAUGGGUCCUAAUGUCCUAAUGGGCCCAAAGUCUUAA